GCCCUUUCAAAAAAAUUUCUCUACAGUAUCAUAGGUCUUUACCUUUAUUUAUUCAACUAUUCUAAUGGCAUGAAUGGAAAUCUUGGUUGGAACGCAAUAGUAUAUGCACUAUAUAUAUCACGGUGGACAAGUAUACCAAGCUCAUCAUACCUUGACCAAGAUGGAAGUACCGCCGGAAAAAUAUCUCGACGCUCAACCUUUACCACCUCAAGCACCGGAGCGAAGCACGGAGUUGAGCAGUAAACUCGAGGACAUAUUGUGCGACAAAGACGUGCCGUUGUUUCGUCGCCUUAAAAAAGCGGCUUGGGUUGAGUUAAAGGUGCUGUUUCUACUAGCUGCUCCGGCUAUCGGGGUGUACAUGGUCGCGUUUGGUAUGUCUACUUCCACCCAGAUCAUGUCCGGUCACCUCGGCAACCUCGAGCUUGCCGCUGCUUCUCUUGGCAACAACGGCAUCCAAAUGUUUGCUUAUGGUAUCUUGAUGGGGAUGGGAAGUGCAGCUGAAACCCUAUGUGGACAAGCAUAUGGAGCCCAGAAGUACGAAAUGCUCGGGAUUUAUCUCCAACGAUCCACCAUCCUCCUCACUGGAACGGGCCUCCUCAUCACCCUGGUCUACAUAUUCACCAAGCCCAUUCUCAGGUUGCUGGGCCAGUCCAAUGAGAUCGCCUCCGCCGCGGCCCUCUUCGUCCACGGCCUCAUCCCCCAAAUCUACGCGUACGCCGUAAACUUUCCCAUCCAAAAAUUCCUGCAGGCUCAGAGCAUCGUGCUCCCGAGCGCGAUCAUAUCGCUAACCACGUUCCUCUUGCACCUUGUAAUGAGCUGGGCCUUGGUUUACAAGGCCGGGUUUCGGCUACUGGGCGCCGCGCUUGUGCUGAGCUUGUCUACGUGGAUCAUUGCGGCGGCCCAGUUCGUUUACAUUGUGACGAGCCCGAGGUGCGAGCAGGCCUGGACUGGGUUUAGUCUGCAGGCCUUCUCUGGGCUGCCGGAGUUCUUGAAAUUAUCCGCCGCGUCGGCCGUGAUGAUAUGCUUGGAGUCGUGGUACUAUCAGAUUCUUCUCUUGCUGGCUGGGUUGCUUCAUAAUCCUAAAUUGGCUUUGGAUUCUCUAUCUAUCUGCUUACUUAUUGGCGGAUGCAUAAUGGUGAUUUCAAUUGGGUUCAAUGCAGCAGCAAGUGUGAGAGUGGGAAAUGAGCUUGGAGCCGGACAUCCGAAAUCAGCUGCAUUUUCUGUGGCAGUGGCCAACUUGGUAUCCUUCUCCAUCUCUUUGGUCGCGGCUAUUGUUGUUCUAGCAUUGCGCCAUGUUAUUAGUUACGCCUUCACAGAGGGCGAAGACGUAGCGAAAGCUGUCUCGGAACUUUGUCCACUCCUUGCCAUUAGCCUCAUCCUCAACGGAGUCCAACCCGUUCUGUCCGGUGUUGCUGUGGGAUGCGGAUGGCAAGCUUUCGUUGCUUAUGUGAACGUGGGAUGUUAUUAUGUAGUUGGGAUACCGUUGGGCUCGCUUCUUGGUUUUUACUUCAAAUUGGACGCUAAGGGAAUUUGGUGGGGAAUGAUAGGAGGGACGCUGAUGCAAACCAUCAUUUUGAUUUGGGUCACUUGUCGAACAGAUUGGAAUAAAGAGGUGGAAAAAGCAAUGAAACGGGUGGAGAAGUGGGAAGAAAAAUAAAACUUCUUGUGUAGUUUACACUUUAAUUAUUUCAAUUCGCUCAUUAGGGUAUUGUUUUCAUGCAAAGUGUUGUGAAUUUAAGGCCAUUCAAGGGUACAUAUUGUACCACAUCAAAUAGGGGUAUAUUAUAGCAUUUCCCCUUCGAUCCACUAAAAGUAGUGAUAUUUUGUGUUUGUGUAGACCCGAGCUAAAGCUCAAGGUGGGGCUGCUUUAAUUUAGGUCCCCAAAAUCUAUGACAUUUAAGGGCACGUCCUAUUUUACUACA